AGGGCCUCCAGAUGCAGCGUUUGGGCAGUGGGUGGUCCCGGACUCCCCAGUGGUGCAGGUCCGGGGGUCCCUCUGUGUCCCUGGCCGUUGUUCCUCCCCUGGCACUGGGCUACAGAAGGUCUCUGCCAACCCGCGACCACCUCCUGCUGUUUGACUACCAGGGCACCGUCUUCCUGCUGCGCAACGCCGCCACAUCAUCUCUCCGCGGUCACAUGACUUGGAGGAGGGCCUCACGCCACACUGUGCUGUGUCAGAAUGCCAAAGAUUUUGCCGUGGAUCCCCGUAGCGACAACUCCUUCCGUCAGUACAUAUACGUCCUGGUGAGCCGUGCUAACAGUGGUGCAGAGGCCGUACCCCCCAGCUGGCCCGGCGCCCCCGGCUCGGCCCUCCCUCUCACCCCUCCGCGGUGUGACUGUGUGGAAGUGUACCAGCAGGACACCAGCCAGAGGGUGUUCCGGAUGACCUUUCACCCCUCCCUGACCUUCAUACAGCUCCGCCUCACCGGCUCCGAGGUCAACAGGGUCCUGCUGCUGCUCACUGAUUCUGGGAAGGUCUAUUCUCUGUCUGUGAAUGAGACCCUGUUGAACACGCCUCGUUCCUACACCGUGCAGCUGGCUCUGAAGAAGAUCAGCAUUUCUCUGCCUCACCUGCCCAUCGCUCAGGUCCAUUCCAGCUACAGCAGCAUCCUCUACCUCACAGGCGAGGGUUCAGUCUAUUUGGAGGUGCACUCCGUUGGUGUGUAUCGUCAGUUCAUUGGGACCCAGCAGGGUUACGACCCCCAUGACAUCCACACCCCUCUGCCACUUUCCCUGCCCUACAAGGUGGUGAAGUGCUCUCUGGGACUGAGCCACUUGUGCCUGCUGGACGAUUGUGGCAGAGUCUUCAUGCAGGGCAGCAACCGCUACGGACAGCUUGGCACAGGAGAUAAGAUCGACCGCGGCGAACCCACCGAGGUGGUACUGUCCAAGACACCAGUGGAGGUGUGGUGUGGACUGAACCACUCGCUCGCCCUGCUGCAAGGGGAGUCUGGAGUGAAGGAAGUACAGGGCUGUGGCUGUGGAGGAGGCCGCCGACUGCCCGGCUGCUCCAAGGGAAGCGCUGUGUUCAUCAAACUGAACAUCAAGGUGCCCCGCGCUGCCCGCUCUCUCUGUGCCUCCAAGGACUGCCUCUUCCUGCUCUGUUGCCAUGACAUCGCCGAGCCCCCGCUGUUCCGCUGCCCCCCCACUGUAAAGGAGGAGGAUGAGGAGGAAAGUGAGGUGGCGAGAGAAGAGAGGGAGAGGCUGAUCUGGCAACUAUCCCAGCUGAGGGAGUGUGAGAGUCUGAGGCGAAAGGUGGACAUCCUCCGCUGGGCCGUGCAGCGACACAUGACCAUUAACCCCGCCCACAGGGAGUUCCUGGUCCAAGCGCUGAUCGCCAUCCGGCCCGUGUCUGACGAGCCCGGCAGCCAGUCGUAACCACAUUCACCAACGAUGCCACCUUUUUCAUCCUAACAGAAUGUUUUUUUUUAUGCUAUAUGAAACAAUUGUGGCC